UCGUCAGUCAGUUGCUCGCUCGCAUUCGUUGGGUUCGCAGUGAGAAAGCGGAAACAGAUAGAUUUUCAAGAGUAUACAGUUCGGUAUUAGCGAUUGAUUCAAUCGGAAUCAGAACAAAGUAUUGUGUGACAAGAACAAACCGUUCGAAAAAGUUUGUUACCAAAUUCGUUGUUGUGCAAACGAAGUUCCCGUUCCUGGAAACAAGCAGGUAGACGCGGUUUGCGCGAUCGGAGGCAACAAAGAAUUCGAACGUUUGCAGAAAAAAGUAGGAUAACGCGUAAUAUUUUUGCAAUACGGAUGCAUCACUUCCGGAAAGUGUGGAAUGUUUUUGUCGAAAAGAACUUGACGGGAAAGUUAGCAAACAAAAUUAUUUCACGUUCUGUCGCUUAAGCAGAUAAAGAAACUACGCUAACAUCGUGUCCAUUUUAAUGUUGCGUUGAAAGGUACGAAGAACAAACAGAGAAAAAAAAACAUCUAGCAAAAGGAGGGUUGGAGAACAAAAGAAGAUUGCAGCAAUCGAUUCUCUCGCCUCUUGGCUGUGUCCUGUUUGGAAACCAUCUGUUUGAUCCUUUUUUGGGAGUUUAGUGGGAGUGUGUAUGCGUUUGAAACACCAAAUGUGACAACGUCUCCGUUUGCUUGGAUUACACUGCGAGAAUUGUCCCUGAUCUAAAGUUUGAUGCUUUCUGCCUGGUGCCACGCCUGCAUGGUGACUGCGAGGUGCUGCGAUUCCCUCCAUGUAGGAUGUUCCUAGAUAACAUACCAGAAGAUGUCCUAGAUAACUAGAUUUGUACCACAAUUACAAGUGUAAAGUAUAGCAGUGAAAAAGCCUUUCUAUUCGAUUGAAGCAAAAGUGUAGAGAAAUUGUGAAACUAGACUUUUCAGGCGGAUAAAAGUUCUGUACGAACGAAGGGUGAAAACAAAAAUCAAAAGUCAGUUGUGGUGUGAGGAAAAAAAGAAAAGAAGAGUGGUGCAUAGAGAGAAAGAUUCAGAAUAGUAAUCAUUUUGGACUGCUUUGCCAUUAGAGCAAGUACUCCGCGCAGUGUUUGUGUGUGUGUCGAUGCUUGCAUCAGCGAUGGAUAACAAAGAGAAUGUUUAUAAUGCGUCUCGGGACGGCAAUCUGGUUGUCCUAAAGCGAUACAUCAGCGGACGGCCACAGAAUGAAAUCGAAAUGCUAGUGACAGCGAAGACGGGUGGAGCGACACCACUGCUAAUAGCCUGCCGAAACGGUCACUUUGACGUUGCACAAUAUCUAAUCAAGCGAUGCCAUGCCGAUGUUGAACAGCCAGGAUCAGUGAUAUUCGACGGUGAAACGAUAGAGGGCGCUCCGCCCCUCUGGUGCGCUUCGGCUGCCGGCCACAUCAGUAUAGUGAAGCUUCUAGUCCAGCACGGUGCCAAAGUGAACAGUACAACCAAGACCAACAGCACACCACUGCGGGCAGCCUGUUUUGAUGGGCACUACGAAAUCGUCAAGUACCUAGUGUCGCACAAUGCCGAUAUCGAGGUAGCGAAUCGUCACGGCCACACCUGUCUGAUGAUCGCCUGCUACAAGGGUCACUACAAGAUAGCACAAUACCUGCUCUCGCUCAAAGCGGACGUGAAUCGGCGCAGCGUGAAAGGCAACACUGCACUGCAUGACUGCGCGGAAUCCGGAUCGCUCGAAAUCCUCCAGUUACUGCUACAGCAUGGUGCUACGAUGGAUGUGGAUGCCUACGGAAUGACACCUCUCCUGGCAGCCAGCGUCACAGGUCACCUGCCAAUCGUGGAACAUCUUAUCAGUUUACCAUGCGUCAAGCGGGAGGACAAAAUCGCUGCCCUCGAAUUGCUUGGUGCGACCUACGUGGACAAGAAACGCGACAUGUUAGGAGCGCUCUCGUUCUGGAAACGUGCCAUGGAAGAUAGAUAUAACCGCAACCCCAUCCUACCGAAAGCGAUGCGCGAACCCGUUCCCGCCUAUGAUUACGCACAGGAGGUGAACGAUCUUAGCGCCCUGGACGAGCUCGUGAUGGACCCGGACGAGAUGCGUAUGCAGGCGUUACUGAUACGGGAGCGGAUCCUCGGACCGGUACACCCGGAUACCAGCUACUAUAUUCGCUUCAGAGGUGCCGUGUAUGCCGACUCAGGACGAUUCGAUCGGUGCAUAGAGCUCUGGACGUACGCCCUGUCCAUGCAGCAGAAUAUCCUGGAGCCCCUGAACCCGAUGACCCAAUCGUCGCUGCUUUCGUUUGCCGAGCUGUUCAGUUUUAUGCUGGGUGAAGCGGGACGACCGAUUACGCGGGGACGCAUUGUUCCGCCGAUCGAAACGUCCGACAUGCUGAUUAUUUUUAAGAAAUCGAUCCGCGAAGUGCAGCUCGGUCAGAUAAUGCUGGGACAACUGGCAUCGCACGAACGGGACAGCACAGCUCUGAAUCGAGCGCUCGUCAUCUCACUGCAUUUGGCCUGCUUGCUGGCCCGAUUGCUAGACGAGGACGAGGAAAUUUGUUGUGAUAGCAUGAAGCAUCAGAUUCUGCGUGCUUUCUACGAAUUAGUCAGUUUAAAAAUUGUAGCGAAAUCCGGGCGCACAGCGCUGCAUCUCGCGUGCUACAAGGAAGCGGCUCUCGUCGGUCGCUAUCCUGCCUGUCAACUGCCAUCACCCCGCCUCGCCAAGGCCCUGCUGCAGGUCGGUGCCGACCCGAACGCACAGGACGAGGCGGGCAACACCCCACUGCAUUUAGCGGCUCUGACGCGACCCUGCCCGGCCAACCUGGCCCAGAUAUUGCUCCAGUAUGGGGCGCAUUUGGACACCAAAAACCUCGACGGCGAUACAUUUGAAUCGCUGCUCCAGAACCAGCGCCUCCACGAGCUGGUCAACCCAGUCAAGUUCACCCGCCUGUCCUGCCUCGCCGCUCGCGUUAUUCAGCGCCACUCUAUCCAGUAUCACAACCAGGUGCCGAAAUGUCUCUACGAGUUCAUCGAUUCGCACUAGGACCUCUAGAGACGACGGAAACGACGACGGGUUUGCUUGCUAGGGUAGACAACUAGUGGCACCCGAAAAACGGUGCUGUCUGUUUUAUUUUUUUCUUUUGCCACACUCCCUUCAUCGCUAGUGUUUAAACGGUUCCUUCGGUCAGGUAUUCGAAACGGAUUCGUAAAUAUUUAACAGGGAUGGGCUUCUUGGUUUUCUGAGCAAGCGCAAAAGCUGCCCAAAAAAUUUAUCGACUUAGUAGAAGAUUGCACCCUUCGAAUGCGUUACAGUACUUUCUUUUAGUUGAAAAAGUAAAUAAAAAGCAUCAGCUUCCGAUUUGAGCGAGCAAUUCAAAACGGACCAGAGUGGUGAACUUUUGUACCAUCGUAUUGUCCAAAUGGGAAAACUGAAAAAUAAAAAAAAGAUUUCCCUAGCCGUUACUAGUUAUCGCGCCUAGAAGGUUCCAUUUCUUUGACAAUGCGACAGUUCUUCGCUUGUGCGCUUGGUGAUUGUUUAGCGGCAAAACGCCCACAAUCUGAAAUUUAUAAGCCUUGUACGAGUCUGAUGUAACCAGAAUUUAGGUUCGGUAGGUGACACUUUUUUCUAUUAGUUUGUAAGGAAAAGCAAUCUGAUUUUUGCUAUAAUUUUAUGUGUACGUUUAAAAUGAGACGAGUCGAGCAAACGGUGAGAAAGUGCGUGCGCAAGUGACGGGAGGAAGUUUGUUUUUUCAUUAGAUUUUUCAUCCAAGUUUUCCUCAAAACUCAACUAUUUUAUUGAUUAUUACACACUGUUUACUAGGUUAGAAAACUAGAAAGUAUUGAUGUAGGUACGCCCCAGAACAUUUUUUAUCCAAACAUUGUAAAGAUGGUCAUACACAAGAGAAAAAAAAUGUGCGUAAGUUUUGACAACUACAGCCGAAUUAUCUGUGAAAUUAAACAAAGCAAAAAAUUGAGUUUGAGUCUUUUUUUGACGAAUAAUUUAACAACACGCUUCUGCUGAGAGAAGUGAGUUUUUCAAUUAUUGGCUAGAGUAAUCAUCUAACUAGCAAAGGAAAAUGUAUUAUGUAGGUAACGUAAUGUAUCUCAACUCAUCGUUCGACGCGUAGAUCAAUCCAAAAUGUGCAUCCUUGACUUCGCUAGAUCUUUAGCCUUACACACACGAAAAAAAAAACCCUUAACUACAGACACUCAAAACACAAAGCUACAUGUAAUGUCGUGAUAUCACUUUCGUAAGUGAAAAAACUUAGAUUAUCAGCUCACAACCUAUAGUUUAUAUCUAUACAUCAUCUAUACAACUGCAUGACUCAAUCUGUAAGAGAAAAAAUAAUCAGAAUAAUAAAAAAUGCGAAUAGAAUCAUUCAAUCAAUGGUGAAAAAAAGUCUAUCAUAUGUACGCCAAGCAUAUAUAAUCAAUAUGGACAUACCAACGCAGCAGAGUUUGCUUGUUUGAAAGUUUAAAAGCGUAGUGAUUUAUCAGUACGUAGUAGCAAUUUAAAAUGAAACAAAAUAAAAAACGAACUAUACCAACCAACACCCCCUUACAAAUACCAAUCGUAAAAUCGAAAACGCUAAAAGUAAGCAGCAAGAAGAAUAGUUGUAAUAGGAGAAAAACAAGGAGAACGAAUGAUCCCAAAACAAAAAAAAAAGUGAACAGCAGCGAAUGCGUAGAAGUAGCUGACGGGGCGGUGUCUAGCAAAUAGCACCCCAGUUAGCCAAAACCCUUGAUGUUGAACAGCCGAACGAGAGCUUGUAGCAACAUACAAAAGGGAGAGAUUCGUUCGCUGAGCAAAAAUAUUACUAUAGCGAAAAAUUAUACAAAUAAAGCUAGGAGAGAAAAUCAA